GAGGUGAAGCCUCGCGGCGGCCAAUCAGAUCGUUAGAGGACAUCGGCGUGUGGUGUGAGGCAAGAAAUGCGGCAGAGAGUGAGUCGGCGAUCUUGUGAGGACGGUCCGCUGCUGGAGGAGCAGGAGACAGAGGGCCAGCGGCAGCUUCACGGCCUCCUGCUACGGCAACUGCACACCCAAGUCGACGUCGAAAGAUGCGUGGCCAAGAAGCGGAGCUUUGCCCCAGCGGCGCUCUACCAUCCGUUUGGCGAGCAGGUGUCUGGCGUGCGAAGCCUCUCUCAGUUCCAGACUCUGCAAGAGGAUGAGCAGGAGCUGGCUGGCCUGCGGGAGCUUGGCCUCACCGACCCCGAGAUCCAACUGUGGCAAAAUAGGGAUGCCCCGGAAGUAUCUGAGCAAUGUCACGGCAUUUGCGCAGCUCCUGACGUCAAGCGGCAACGCCUCCAGGCCAUCCGGGACAAGAUUGCAGCCCGGGCGGAGCUCCUAGCGCGGCCUCAGCGCUUCGCCGCCAGCCGGCCACUGUCCCGCCGCGAGAUGGAGAUCGAGCAGGCGCUCUUCCAGGGCAGCGACCGGCAAGGUUUCCUCGCUGCGCUCUACCAUCGAGAUGAAAAUAACCAAGACGGCCUACAAGGGGCGACACCUACAGAUCCAAUGGACUCCCUGUACAGAGAUCUUCUCAGCAAGUCGCCCCAGGGCGUCGAAGCUGCCCAAACGUUAAGCCUUUCUACAUCCACGCCGUCACAUCACUCGCGGCAAGGAGGCGACAGCCAAUCAGAGGAAGGCUCACCAGAACCGCCCGAGCAUCAUCCUGCUGCCCCGCUGGAGAUCAGCCGUCCAAUCGGUAGCUUGCGCGGGGCGGAGGGGGCCGGCUCGGGUCGGCCGCUUACCGUCACGGGGCGAGUGGCGACUGUGACAGACCAGGAAAUCCGGGAGAACCGGGAAAGCCAAGAAGGCAUCCGGAGCAUUCCGAGAUUCCGGAACUACCAGCCUGGAAAACCUUCGCGGGUGGUGUGCGUGAAGAACCUGAGCCCGCAUGCAUCAGUGGCCCAGCUGGUGGCGCUGUUCUCCAGGUUCGAGGGGGCCGGCGACAGACCCCCGCUGCUGUAUCGCCUCCUGACAGGGCGCAUGAAGGGUCAGGCUUUUGUCACGCUGCCCGACACCAAAACGGCCCAGGAUGCUUUGCAACUGCUACAUGGUUACCGGUUGCUCGGGAAACCUUUGGUGUUGGAGUUUGGCCGCGAGCGAACGGAAGCCGACCAACGGGAAGCCAGGACGUGAAAAGCUGGUGGGAUUCCGUACCACUGGUGCAGCGCCUCCGCCGCCCGGGUACGGGUAGCCUCCACCCCCAUACCGCCUCCCCCGGUGUCCUCCACCUUCGUGCCCCUCACAGAAAGACACCGCCAGCAUGCCGCCCCCCAGCAUAGAGAGCACGGCCGAGACUACGCCCAAGUAGAGGCAGUCGCCCAGCUCAAACUUGAGAUUGGCGGGUACAUUGGGACUGUAGAAGUUCUGUAUCACUUUGUUGGUGGUCCAGGAGACGGGUACCAGUGUCAUGAAGCCGGCCGUGAGAAAGAAGCACCCGCCCACGCCCGCCACCCGUUUCUUUAGCUCCCCUGAACCCUCCAGGCAGACAGUGCACUGCAUGCCGAGGACAGCGAUGGCCAGGCCAAGGGUGGACAGCACCAGAGAGACCACCAUGAGGGCCCGGGACGCCUGCAGGUCAGAGGACAGAGCCAGGAUGGAAUUGUACGUCUCGCACUGGAAGGCCCCGGUGCUCUGAUGGACACACUCCAUCCACAAGCCCUUCAUGCUGCCCGACGCAGUCACGAUGUUGGAGCCGAUGUGCGCUGUAUUUUCCCAGUAGGGGAGCACCGUGGACACCAGGCUACCCAUUAGACCCAACAGGCCCAGGAAGAAGCCCACUAGCUCCAGACCCGCAGAGGCCAUGGAAACCGAACGCUGCUGGGGAGAGACAGGAACAAAUGGAAAAUGAAUACAUCGAUGGCUGACCAGAUGUUAUAAUUGCUAACCUGUAUGUCGAUGAAUGGAGGCUAACUAGCAAGCAAGAUUUGCGCAACUUCACAGUUCGUAGCUCAUCGGUCGUUUAUCACUACUAUUAUGUGCUAUUGCUUACUGACUAGCUAGCUAGUAACUAAAGAGCUACUAAUCGAAAAGAUUAGUAAUUUGUAGAUUAGUACAACUAAGUAAUUAACAAUAUCUCCCGAGGUGCCAAGGUUUUCCAUUCUGAGAAGAUUCCAUAGUAGCUAUGGCUAGCUAAUUGGCUAGAAACUAACUUCCGCUUUCACGGGUGAGUUGCUAGUUGGCUGCUAGCUAUCAAGCGCUUGGGUAUGUAAUGUAGGCUUGUUGUAAGUUAACUGGCAAUUAGCACGUAACAUAACAAGCUAGACUUAAGUAAAUGACAGAGGGUUACAACAUAGCCACCAGCUUUUGGACCUGUCUAGAAAUCAUCUAUUAUUUAGUGUCAGUUCUUCUGUUUUUGUUGCUAAAUAACCAUUGGCAAUUUAUAGGCUCGCUACAGGUUAGACAUCAGUUGAUGGAUCCAUUUUCAGAAAACAUACAUUAGUGAUAGCUGGCUUGAACUACUGUAUUUGCAAGAUUUCUGUAAAUAACGAGCGAUUAGCAACGAACCAACUUUUGGUUGCUUACGAGCAAUUAGUAGCUAGCUAGUUACAUAUUCUAGACAUUUGUCAUGACAUCCAUUUUGACGUCCCAAAAUGACUGCAGUUGACAACUGAGCACAAUUUUUUUGGUCUUUUUUUUUUUUUUAAGACCAGAAUUGGCUUCGGUGUUAGAAAAAUCUUGUCUGUGAUAUAUUUAGCUUUCAAAUAACACGAUUUAUGAAACGUUACUUUAAUGAAAUGCAAUUACAAAAUACUAGGAUUAGACAGCUGCUUAACUUGGUAAAACUUGUCUCCGUUUGCUGUAUAAUGUCCAACAUCGCAAAUAUGCUUACAUCACAUUGUAACUCUUGUCUUUAUUGUAACUUGUUAAAACUUUAUGCUGUAAAAUAGGGGAGGGGGGGGGGGACUUACUUUUAACACUGCCUGAAGAAAUCACUUGUUCCCGUGGCCCCUGCUUCUUUCCAGUUAAAAAAAAAAAAGAAUUCAGAAUUUUUCUGUCCACUUCACCAUAUUUGCGGCCGUACAAUCCGACACUAAAAGUCACUAUUUAAGACUUUUAAUGCAUUUUGGGAAGCAGGUGGAUUUGAAAGGCAGUACAAUGGGUGUGCGCGCGCGCGUGUGUGUCCGUGUGUGGCGUCCUCGUCCUCAUCCUCAUCCUCAUCAGAUGCCGGGCGUCGUCAUCCGGGCCGUCGCCUCCUGUCAAGCACACGCGACAGUUAAUCAUUCUCUCAUAGGCGAAACAAAACAACCUUUGCCACCUUCCCCUGGUCGCCCUCACGCGGUGCCGUAAUGGGAUUAGAAAAAAAAGGAAUAAUCCUGCAUGCAGUGCUGGCGACACUGAGGCCUUUAUUGGGAAGCAGAACAGGGACGUUAUUAUCCUGAAAUGUUGUGAUGAAAAAGAGAAGAAGCGGGAACAAAAAAAACAACAUUCCGCCAUUUUGCCGGUUCUAUUAUUUCUCACAAAAAUACAAAUCAUUAAACACUGAUAAAAGCAUACAUUUCAUUAGAAUUCAGGAGCACAACAUUUAUUUAUGUUAGGAAAUACAAAAAGAUGUCUUUUUGCUUUAUUUCAACAAAAAAAUAUAAGAUGUAUGAACUUUUUCAAAAAUAUGCCCGUUUUU